AUGAAAAUCCUGGUAGUUGUCUACAUCUUACAUCUUUUUCUACACAUUUCUGCAUUUUCAUGGUUAACAGUUGGUUUGGCAGGUAGCCAAGUUGAUCUUAAACGCAUUAGUACCACAUGCAAGAACCUCAGAGGAUUGAACAGAAAACAAAUAAAAUUCUGUCGUCAAAACCCUCGCUUGAUGCGUAGCAUCCAAACAGGAGCCAAAGACGCCUACACUGAAUGUCAAUUUCAAUUUUAUAAAAGAAGAUGGAAUUGUUCAUUGAUUAAUCCUUCUUCUCGGGAACUGAUCAAUGGAGUUUUAUUGAGUGAAGGAACUCGUGAAUCAGCAUUUGUGCAUGCUUUAUCAUCAGCUGCUGUUGCUUACAAAGUUACCCGAGAUUGUGCUCGUGGAUUGAACGGAGAUCAAUGUGGAUGUGAUAUAUCUAAACGGCAGGGUUUUGACCUCAUGGGAUGUUCGGAUCACAUUCAGUACGGAAUUGCCAUAUCCCGUGAAUUCGUUGAUGCCGCUGAGAAAUCUAAAAACAGAAGUAAUGAUCCUGACACCAAUUUAGUUAAUUUACAUAAUAAUAGAGCUGGACGUCAGGUUUUAGAGAAAAGUUUACGACGAGAGUGUAAAUGCCACGGGAUGAGUGGGUCCUGUGAAGUGAAAACAUGCUGGGAGAGCAUGCCCUCUUUCAGAGAAAUAGGUUCGAUCAUCAAAGAUAAGUUUGAUGGAGCCUCAGAGGUAAAUGUCGUUGAAGAAGACGAAAAACAAAAAAUUAUCAUGAAGCAUACACAUUUCAAACGACACACGAAUGCCGAUUUGGUUUACCUCAAACCUUCUCCUGAUUUUUGCGAUGCUGAUUCAACUCGAGGCAUAUUGGGUACCAGAGGACGCGAAUGUAAUAUCGCAUCGCAAGGAGUAGAUGGAUGUCAGAUUAUGUGCUGUAAUCGAGGGUAUGAAAGAAAAGUGAGCUAUGUAAAGGAUAAAUGUAAUUGCAAGUUUCACUAUUGCUGCCGUGUUGAAUGUGAUGAAUGCGAACGCGUUGAAGAAAAGUUCUAUUGUUUGUAA